AGAAAUGCUUAAAAUGUAAAACUCUUAAUAGGCACAGAACGCGAGAGGGAUCGGACGCAAGUUGGAAUGAUGUGACAGAACGGACUCUUACGGAUGAUUUCGGGUGUAUCUGAGCAGUUAUGGUGGCACGGACGCGUUUCGUUUCGACCGGGGAUUGGUUUUUGUGAAUGGGGAUUUCGUCGCAGGCCGAGGACAUCUGAUUCAUUUUCAUCAUCUGAUUGAUUUAGUGCGUUUUUAUUUUCGAAUUGGCGAGAUGAAGAGGGUUAAUAGUUUCCAGAGGUUUAUGAACGCCAGGGCAUCUGUGAACUGCCGUUACCAGCCCACGUGUUACGAGCACGCGGCCAACUGCUACACCCAUGCGCUGUUGGUUGUGUAGGUGUUUGUUGUGAUGGUUCUUUUGAAUGGGUUUUUUGAUGAGGGUUUGUGGCGGAUCACGGCCUGGGUGUACGGCAUGGGUCUGAUCGCUCUGUUCCUCGUCUCCACAGUCUUUCACAUCAUUUCAUGGAAAAAGAGCCAAAUGCGGACCAUGGAGCACUGCUUUCACAUGUGUGAUAGAGUCGUCAUAUACUUCUUUAUCGCUGCCUCUUACACACCGUGGCUCAAUCUGCGGGAGCUCGGGCCGCUCGCCGCUCACAUGCGCUGGUUUGUGUGGCUGAUGGCGGCCGCCGGGACCAUCUAUGUGUUCAACUACCACGAGAAGUAUAAGUUAGUGGAGCUGGUGUUUUAUCUGACCAUGGGCUUCUUUCCUGCGCUGGUGAUGACAUCAAUGAAUAACACAGACGGGCUGUAUGAGCUGGCGUUCGGAGGCUUGGUCUACUGCCUGGGUGUCGUCUUCUUCAAAUCGGACGGUGUGAUUCCAUUCGCUCACGCCAUCUGGCACGUGUUUGUGGCUCUUGCUGCCGCCAUCCACUACUACGCCAUCUGGAAGUACCUGUACCGCAGUUCCUCGCUGGAGGACAUCAGGGAUGCUUGAGCGCCACGCCUGCCUCCUCUUCCUCUUUCCUUCUCCAUCACCAUAACACCUCAACCGGAUGCUCCAAACACUCACAGUUUAACAGUACGACCAUGCAAUGUUUACGGUUUUCUAACCAACUGCGAUCAGUGAAAUGUGUGUGUCGCAGUCCUGAAUGCAUAUUUGCCACAGUUGCAACAAGACAGCAAUGUUUGUGUGUUUUUCCCAUUUUCUUCAGUAUUAUGUAAUUAUUCUACUGGAAGCAGAUGAAUUGUGAUUCUUUUUGAUAUUUAAUGAUAUUUCCGUGCAUUCAGUCUCACACACACUCAGUAGCAGUUUCAUAUCAUCUGUAGUGAAUUAUUUUUCUUUACUCGUGCGACUUUCUGUAUCAAAUCUGCAUUUGUGCAUCUUAACUCACUGGGUUUUUACUUCGGACGUGCGGCUAGUUGUUUUUCUACGAAGCGCUGGUGGUUUUCUACACUCAUGGCAUCUCCUUCCCUCCAGUUUCUGCUCUUUCAGCUUUUUUUCUAUGCGGCACUUUUCUAACAAGAAGAACCACUUCUCUUUGAUACUCCGUUUGUAGGCUGAUGGUGGAUAGAAACAAUGUGAACGCUUCUCUGCACAAGCAGGCUUGUGAUGCUUCUCAAUUUCAGCACAAUAUUCGAUGGGUUUUUGAUUAAGAAGUGUUAACCAA